GAAGAAUAAAUCUCCACUGCGCAUGCGUGAAAGUCCUCAUUUCGCGGGCUGAUUCAAAAACAUAAACAAGAUGGAUUUAAUAUCUGCGCUGCAGUUUAUGAAGAUAAAUCAAAUACCACAAGCCUGGGUGGACACAGCGUGGGACUUAGAGUUCACAGAGAGAAACCCACUGGAUGACACCAUAGAGGACGAACUCACAACCAGUGGAGACAACAAGGCCUUCACCACCCUGUACCAGUGUUUACUGGCCCAUGCUGCUGACCAACAACAGUCUGCAGGCGGAGAUGGAGCUUCACAGAGUAUCUGGGCGAUUCUCGGGGAGAACGAGGUGUCGAUCAAGUCUCUGGUGGCCGUGUUGUCCUUCUUUGUCCUGGCGGGAAAAUCCAAAAAGGCCAACAUCCGGCAGAGGGUGAGCGGUCUGCACGCCGCCUCACUCUACCUGCUGCUGCUGGGAAUCCCAGGGAGCAUCGCCAACAAGGUUUUCCAUGAGGUUUUGUUGGACACGUGUUCAGACUUGACCUCUCACUGCUGGCCUCAAGACUCUGGAAAGAAGCGCAAGAAGGACGGCCUGAAGAGUUCUCAGGCAGACGGCAAACGCUCCAAACCACAGCGGAAAGACACGCCAGAGAUGGAAGUGGAUGAGGCAGAUGAAGAGGAGGAGGAAGAGGAGCUUCAUUUCUCUAGUAAAGACUUGAUGAAGAUCAGGGAUGCUGUGGUUCUUCUGGUCCAAAGCCUCCUCAGACUCCUGCAGACAUUUCCACUCAAAGACAGACCACAGAGCGCCGGCAACUGCACGCAGAUCUUCAGCAAGCUGCUUUACUUUGAGCCAGUCGUAGGAGAGUUGACCUUUGCUACUCAGCAGCAACAAGAUAUCACCAAGCUGAGGAGUGUUCCUGAGAUGGCUUUCUACGGCCUGCAGCUGCUCUGCUCGCCGAAACACGGAGACCAGAAAGAAUCCCUACGGAGGGUUUUCCACCGGCUUCUCUACGUGAUUCUGAUGAUGACAAAAGGCAACAGCGGGAAACCCUCCCUCCUCGUACCGAACCAGGCCAUCCUCGCCACCCGCGACCAGGCAAUCCAUUUUGUUUGUCAUCUUGUGGGUGAGCUGAAAGAUCUGGCGCUGCCUAUCCUGCAAGUCCUCCUGCAGCAUAUCUGCUUCCAGAUGGUGGAGAAGAGUGAGUUUCGAAGCCACGGGGCCCAGGCUGUGGGGAUGUUGAUGUCCCAGAUGGAAAGCACAGACUACGCUUGCUUCAUCAAGUGGCUGUAUAACUUCUCCAGAAGCUCCAAGAUGGUGCCCCGGCUGUUUUCCGUGGACGUGGUGAUGGUUUUGUUGGAGCAGCCGGAGAGGAGCCCGGAGGAUUGUCAGGACCCGGAGCUUUCCUGCUUCCUGCCGCACAAGUUCCUGAUCCAGAGCCUGCUGUUCGCCCGGCGGAUGGACGACUCGCCCACCGUUCAAGGUCGCGCUCUGGCCUGUCUGGCCCAGUGUCUGGAGCUGCCGUCACUCAACGUCACCCGGGCAGUCCACAACCUCUUCUCUGCCACUGGAGCCGUGACAGUGUUGGACGGAGAAAUCACAGAAGCAAGCGUCAGUUCCCAGCAGACUCAGAAAACCUACCGUACUCUGCCGUUCAGGACUGUGGAGAUCAGCAGCACCGUCAGCUCCGACUGUGACGCGAGAGAGAACUUGGCUCUUCUCCUGCGGCGUGUAAAAGACUCAAAGACGAACGUGAGAAAAUCGGCACUGCAGGCCCUGUUGGGUCUCCUGAAACACAACGUGAUCCCGAUGAGCGGGGAGAACCUGGCUACGCUGUCGGAGCGCUGCAGAGACCCGGCUGUGUCCGUGAAGAAGAAGGCCCUGCAGUGCGUAGGAGAGCUGCUCACUGCGAAACCAGAGUGCAGUGUGGUGCAGAAGGCGUGGCUGCAGGGUGUGGUGCCAGCUGUGGUGGAUGCUGAGAGCUCCGUGCAGGACAAGGCCCUAGAGGCUCUGGAUGAGGUGCUGCUCAGCCACAUCAAACCGUACUCUGCCAGCCGCCACCUUGAUGCCAAUCAGAGGCUGACCUGGGACCUGCUGGUCAUGCUCUGUCACGAAUGCCGAAACCUCAGCCGAUAUUUCAGCAGGGCCUUCACCAUCUGGUCCAAACAGAACAAGUUCACAAAGACCUUCGUCACCAACCUGAUCUCACACACCGAGGCUGAUCACGCCGCUGGGGCCUGGCUGCUGCUCUCCAAGGUUGUCGCUUCGUCCCCAACACCGCCCUGCGAGAAGAUCAUGGACGCCUGGGACAGCAUGAUCAGUUCAAAGGAUGUAUCUGUGACGACCUGCUGUCACAUCCUGUGUGUGAUGGGAGACAUCGUCGCGCAUUUGAACGAAGAUACCAAGGACAGGAUAGUUGAUGAUCUGAUGUCUUGGUUGAAGACUUUCACUUUGUCUCUGGAGGUAAUCAGUGCUGCUAUGGAGACUCUUUAUCAACUUGGUCGCAGCGAAGACAUCAAACAGACUCAGGCUUUUCUGAACCAGCACUGUGGUGAGCUGGUGUCAGUCUGCGAGGCUUAUUUAGCCGGCAUCAUCCUGAGUGAAACGGGAGCCCAGAACCUCAACGAGGAGCUGAUGGUAAUACACCUCCACACUCUGGGUGUGGCGUCACUCCACUGUCCUGCGAAGGUUGGUAAAAGGACGGUGCUGCUGGUGGAAUCCAUCCUGACAACACAUGCUGACAAACUAGCAGAGUGCCGGGAGGAGCUGCCAGCGUCGCUGCCUCUGUCCCAGUUCAAAGCAAACUCUCUGCCUACCAGAGUCAGAGCCCACGGAGUCAUCGCUUUAGGUAAGCUGUGUCUGCAGCAUGAGGAACUAGUCCAGAAGUACCUGCCGGUGUUUGCCAGGGAGCUGGAGGUUGGCACGGAGGUUGCCGUGCGUAACAACGUGGUUGUGAUUAUGUGUGAUCUGUGUGUUCGGUACACCAACGCCGUGGAUCACUACAUCCCCAACAUCUCCGCUUGUCUGCGAGACAAUGAGGCUGUCAUCAGGGAGCAGACUCUCAUCAUGCUGACCAACCUGCUCCAGGAGGAAUUUGUGAAGUGGAAGGGCUCCCUCUUCUUUCGCUUCAUGGUGGCGCUGGUCGACCCAGUCCCCGCCAUCGCCAGUCUCUGCGAAUACUGCCUGCUCCACCUGCUGCUAAAGAAGAACCCAGAAAUGUUCAGCCAGCACUUCAUCGAGUGCAUUUUCCACUUCAGCUCCUACAACAAACACAAAUCCUACAACAAGUUCCCUCAGAGUGAGAGAGAAAAGGUUCAGUUCUCCCUGAAAGGAGCUCAGCACCGCGAGAAGCGUUUUCGCAUUUACCGCUUCCUGUUGGAGCACUUCACAGACGCCCAGCGCUUCAACAUCAGCAUCAAGAUCAACCAGACUAUCUUAGCAUGCUUUGCAGACGAGGAGCUGCCUUUGGAUGCAGAUGGUGCUGCAAUUUUGUCAGAGACCUUCAACAUCUUGAGUCUGAAGGAGAUGAAGCUGCAGGCCAUAUCUGCUCCAGCAGGAAGCGCUGCAGGGGAGGAACCAGAGGAGGAGAACAUGGCCACCAUGGCUAAGGUUGUCCUGCAGGCCGCUCAGAAGAAGGUGGUGUCACAGGUCCAGAAGAAGGCCUUCAUAGAGAACACGGUUCCUCUCAUCAUCAGCCUGAAGAGCCUGCUGGAGCAGAAACGCUCUCCUGUCCUCAGAGACCUCAUGGCCUACCUUCAGGUGACGAUGCAGGACUACCGUAACGAGGUGAAGGAGUUUUUCUCUGGAGAUGAGCAGCUGGCGGCAGAGCUGGAGUUUGCUCUGAAGACGGCUGAGAAGGAGAGAGAGAUGGAGGAACAGAUGGACAACUGCAGCUUGACAGGAGACGCCAGGACUCCCACUGCACAGCGUUCAGUCCAGGGUUCUCCCAUCAGGCCCAGGCCCCUCCAACUGUUUACCUUUGCCACACCGCAGCCGCCACGUCCAAAACCCUCGUCUGCCAGACUGGUACACACUGACAGGCGUGUGGGCAGAUCCAGGCAGGAGGAACAUGUCCGGUCAAAGUCAAUGGCUCUGGAAGGAACAGUGAUGCCUAAAGGAGCUGUGGAUGACAGAGCCAUCAGCACACCUAAAGGUGUCAACAUCAAUUUCACUUUUGAUGAAGGAGUCAGCGCAAUCUUCAGUGAUCGAGGAAUAAGUCCCGUUGGGGAAAGCAGUGUUCUUCAUGUGCGGUCAAAUGAGCAGCAAGCUCCUGGACUGAGGCAGUGGAACGUGCAGUCUCCUCUCCGCCAGAAGAAAAAAACAUCUGAAGUUUAGUUGACAUACAGCUUCAUGUCUUUGUUUCUGUGUUCUUGUAUCUACUACUCUUACUACUUGUUACAUCUUCAUUUCACUUCAUUGAUAUUCUCUCUCAUUUUUGUAUGUUUAUGUUUCUGUCACUGUUUGUCAUUUAUCUGUUUGGUAAUAAAGGUUUAGCAUAUUUUG